GUCACUGGUAUUUCCUUUGCUAUAUAUUUAUCAACAAACUAGAUAAACCUACUUUAUAAAGUUGAGAACGUCUGACUUUUGUUACAGUCAAUAUUGAACAAUGUUACUGACCGAUAUCAUCCUAUUUUCGAUAGUGACUGUUGUCACAUCACGGACCCUGUCCACCACCCCCACGCCGUAUCACUGUUGCUGGAGCCCAGUAAAAGUCAACAAGUUCCGUAUGAUUGGCGGAAAAGUUGACCCGAAAACAUCGAUCCCAGAGGCGGUCGAGUAUUCUGGAAUAAAUUACCGAGACCAUAACAUUAAAAAGGCAAUCAUGUUCCGGGAUGUUCCCCAGCCGGACGGGUCGGUCAGGAAGGAGAUAGAGUAUUCAGACUACAAUACGAUGAAAUGGUACGUGAUCAGCGAAGGAGUCUGUACAGAACAUAUUAUCAAGUAUCCCAUGCCCGAUCAUUGUGUUCCACCCAAUGCAACCUACACCGGAGACACAGUCUUGGGGGAGGAGGGAUAUCCUCAGGUGCGCCUUCAUAAUUAUAAUCUGGACUGGAUUGACUUCCGAGGAUACAAUAUCCGGAUCUCAACGGAUGCACGUACAUGUGACACGAUGACGGAAACAGACUAUGGCGACAUUGAUGGAGCGAAAGCUGUGUACACGUACUUCUUUUCUGAUCACGUGUCACACAUUGACGAUUACAGCAUCUUCGAUAUCCCCGUUCCAUGCCGCCAUUUUGUGUCCGGAAGUAAGAAUUCACAGAAUGUUUUGUUUAUGUAUAAGUUAUAGCUAACUGUAUAUCAUUUUCAUGAACAAGUAUCACAUUAUAAUUAUGAACAUCAGAGAUAUCAACUGCAAGUUCAAACAUUAGCUGCUUAUUCCAUAAUGAAAUUUUAAGAUGCCACAAGUUCUGAUAGCUUCUGAAACAAAAACUGUGGUCGAUCUUUUUAUUUACAGAUCCAUGAACGCAAGAAGUUACCAACCAGAAAAAAAUGUAACAAAUAUAUACAGUACCUAAUAAGACUUGACGGCAUACAUUC